AUAUGUACAUAUUCUUCUUCAUCCCUUACAUUUGUGUGUAUAAGGUAGUUGUUGUGAAUUUGUUAGAUAUUACUGCGUUGUCGGGAACUAGAAGCACAAGCGUUUCGCUACACUCACAUUAACAUCUGCUAACCAUGUGUAUGUGACCAAUAACAUCUGCUAACCAUGUGUAUGUGACCCUUAACAUCUGCUAACUAUGUGUAUGUGACCAAUACAAUUUGAUUUGAUGUAGUGAAUCUUUUUAGAAACUGCGUUACCGACUCCAGUCAGCCGAUGGCGAAGUACGUUUUUCAGGUGAUGCUUCUCGCGUGACGUAUAAUGUAGUGGACACACGGUUUUCCACUAGUUACCACAGCCACAAUGUAAAAAUUGACUAUAUCGAAAUAUUAAUGAAAACAAACAUUUGCUUUUUGGUCUUAAUUUAGGGUUCAGCAUAAGAUUGGCAAUGUGGUUAGGAUUAAGGUUGAAAUUAAAUUUUAAGAAGAUAAAUUGUAGAAAUGGGUGGGGCUUAUGACUUUGAGGCUGUGGUAACUAGUGACGACCGGCUGCUUUGGACGCUUCUGGAACGACACGGUUCAACCACCUCGGUAGCUUGCUAGCCGACAAGAAGUAGAAACAUUGAAGCUCUGUAGAUCAUGUUUGUGUAGCUACACAAAUCCAUCCCAGUGAUUUAAACACACUUCUGUUAACGUAUCUACUAGUUCAUUUAAACGUAAUUUGCUUGUUAAAUGUGCUAAUGUGUUACCGAGCCGAGCACUAGGGUAGUCGCUAAUGAUAGCUAGCUAGCUAACAUUCCCGACACAAUGAGCUCACAAAGCUACUCUCCUCCUGCUAAUGAAGAGGAGGUCUGCUGGACGGAGAAAGCAGCUCUGGGGAUGAACAUUGUCAUUAAAGAAGAAGAGGAGGAUAUUACAGUGAUAGGAACGGAAGAAGCGUGUCGAAUUAAAAGGGAGGAAGAGGAGGAGGAGAUAGAGGCCGUCACAGUGGAAGAGAUGGGAGGGAUAGAGGCCGUCACAGUGGAAGAGAUUGGAGGGUUAGAGGCUGUUACAGUGGAAGAGGAAGAGGGGAUAGAGGCUGUCACAGUGAAAGAGGAAGAGGGGAUAGAGGCUAUUCCAGUGGAAGAGAUGGAAGGGUUAGAGGCUGUCACCGUGAAAGAGGAAGAAGGGAUAGAGGUUGUCAUAGUGGAAGAAGGGGAGGUAGAAGCUUUCAGAAUGAAAAAUGAGGAAGAGGAAGAUAUCACAUUGAAAGAAGAGGACCCUUUUGUAGUGAAAGAGGAGGAGACUGAAGAUCCGAUUAACACCAAUCCAAAAACGAGGCAAUAUUCCGCUUCCUGGCCCUCCCAGGGCUCUACAGUGAAGGAGGACAUCAGAAAGGUACAGGAAGUAUCUAAUGUGACACCCGCGAGUCCCAGACAGUUUGGUGGUGAUGACGAUUCUAUUCACUGCGACAAAGAAUGGGACGUGAAAGACAAGGAUUGGUUUCCUAGCAACAGGCUGAAGGUGGAGUCAUCUCCAGAGAGCCACACCCCAGAGCAGAGGGGGAGUGGUGACAUGUCUUUCCCUCUCCCAGGGUCCCCAGGUCGUGUCUCUCCCACGGUUGCCUUACUGUGGGGUCUGAAGAGGGUGUCUGUGCGGCUGGUGGACUGCAGGAAAACACCGGGUCUGAGUGGAACUGUGAGAGGAGAAGAAGAGGGAGAUUCAGAUUCAGGUGAAAGACCAGACUCAGAGGAGCCAGAGACGUCCAACCCAGCAGGACAACACCACUGCUCCCACUGUGGAAAGAGGUUUACCCGGUUAGGGUCCCUGAAAAGGCAUGAGAUGAUACACACAGGAGAAAAGCCUUUCCACUGCUCCCAGUGUGGAAAGAGUUUUGCCAUGUUAUUUUGCCUGAAAAGACAUGAGAUGAUACACACAGGAGAAAAGCCUUUCCACUGCUCCCAGUGCGGAAAGAGUUUUGCCCGGUUAUGGCAGCUGAAAAUGGAUGAGAGAAGGCACAGAGGAGAGAAGCCUUUCCGCUGCUCCGAUUGUGGAAAGAGUUUUACCCAAUUAGGGGGCCUGAAGGAACAUGAGAGAAUGCACACAGGAGAAAAGCCCUUCAACUGUUCCUUUUGUGGAAAGCGUUUUUCCCGGUUGAGGCACCUGAAAACACAUGAGAGAAUUCACACAGGAGAAAAGCCCUACCACUGCCCACAUUGUGGAAAGAGUUUUACCCGGUUGGGGCACCUCAAAGCACAUGAGAGAAUUCACACAGGAGAAAAGCCCUUCCACUGCUCCCUGUGUGGAAAGAGUUUUACUCAGUUAGGGGGUCUGACAAAACAUAAGAUAUUACACAAAGGAGAGAAGCAUUUCCACUGCUCUCAUUGUGGAAAGAGUUUUAUCCAGUUAUGGGGCCUGAAAACACAUGAGUGGACGCACAUAAAAGAGAAGCCUCACCCCUGUUCCCAGUGUGGAAAGAGUUUUACCCGGUUGGGGCACCUGAAAACACACGAGAGAAUUCACACAGAAGAAAAGCCUUUACACUGCUCCUUGUGUGGAAAGACUUUUAUUCAGUUACUGGGCCUGAAAAGACAUGAGUGGACACACAUAAAAGAGAAGCCGCACCCCUGUUCCCAGUGUGAAAAGAGUUUCACACAGUCAAGAUACCUGAAAAAACAUGAGCUGACACACUCCGCGGAGAAGCCUUGAAAGAAUCCACAUUGCAGAGAGAUAUAUCUUGGAAAGAUAUUUACCUAGUUAGGGAACCUGAAAGACCAUGAGGUAACAGACACAGGGGAUGUACCUUACCACUGCUCCCAGUGUGGAAAGAGAGAUGUAACAUAACUCAUUAAUUAACUGAUGUAUUUAACACGUACGGUGCUCACACACUUGUCUCAUAUUUUUGACUGACUGUUUAUUUGUGUAUGCCACAUGAAAUCAAAUUGUACAAAGUGAACUCAAUGUUUUUUAACAUGAAUUGAACAAGGAGUGAGUAUAUAUGUUUCAAUAUAGAGUAGGUCAGUUGUAAUGCUUUUUAAUUAAAUUAUAACGUUUUAGAACUCUGGCUUUGUGUAUUUUCUCUGUGUAUUAAUCAAGUGCUAUUUACUUGUGAUAUAUUUCCUCUUGUGUUUGCAUUGUAUAUGUAUGUGAAAAAAUAAACAAAUGUACAGAGAAAAACGUACAAGUCUUAUUCC